AUGAACGAGUCCGGGUAUCAGGAGGGUUCGGAGACCAGUUUCGGGGACAGGCGGGACUCUAAGGAGGGGUUCGGUGGUGAGGGGGAUUCGGAUAGCGGUGUUGACGGCGUUAGUAGUGGUUGCAGCACAGCGGAUGACUGCCCGGUGGUGUCGAUCAAUGACGUGGUGGCGUACUACGACGACAUUCGGCCGCGGCGGCGGCAUGUGCCCCAGCUUAACUUCUACCACGUGGACAUCGAGAGGAUGGCGAUGGACGCUGUUGUUCAGGUACGCAAAAUUUACUAUAACUGGAUUCGUUGGCAUUUGAAAAUGUCAAAUACAUCGUAAAAUGUACUCGUAAGUAGACAAAUGGCUUAUAAAACACAAUGCGAUUUAAAGCUUAACCCGUCGAGAUAGGUUUCGAAAUCGAAUGGCGUUAUUGUACGAUUUUAUUAUAAUUAUUGUAGAGGUUGUCGUGUAAUUUGUUUGAUUAUACGGAAGGUAUUAAUUUAAUGAGUCAUAAUACAAAAUAGAGACUCGUGGAGAUCGU